AUGGAGAUUAUUGGCAGAGUGUUCGGCGGGAGUGUGCUCCCAUCUUCAACAGCUCGCAGUGAUUAUUCUGCACCAUCCGAUGGACAGACUCUUGCAGUGUUUCAGAAUGGAGUCAAGAUUUGUGAACUCAUUGCCAUAGGUUUAGCUGACACAGGCUUGAAAAAAUCGAUUAGCACCUUUUAUGGAUGUGCCCUUUGGGUGGCGAUUGCCAGGAUGAAAUUCACUAUAUGGGCUAAUGAUGCACGUGCCCUCUCUCAAUUAGAACAACAACUUGCACGGUUGCCGAGGUUAGGGCUACAUAAGUGGGCGGUGGGAUUGUGA